UACACGUAGAUGCCGUAAGCAAUAUUAAUAUGGACGAGCCCACACGCAACCUCCCCUCCCCUCUUCUCUCUCUUCGAUUUUUCACAUUAUUAUUUCUCUUCUCUGCAACACCACACACCGCUUCACGACAUUCAAAGCCGCGUUUCACUUCUCCUUGAAGAAGGUUAGUUCUCCUUGCGCGUGUCCCGUUCUCUUCUCCAAUCCUCCGCACUUUCAAAUCCAAAAAUACCAAAACUUUUUAUACUAUAUAUUACGUAUAAAUUCAUAGAUAUAGUUUUACAUUUGCCCAAAUGGAGGUGAAGCUAUGGAAUGACAAGCGCGAGAGAGAAAUGUAUGAGAACUUUGCCGAGCUAUAUGCUAUAAUCAAAGCUACCGAAAAGCUUGAAAAGGCUUAUAUUCGGGAUAUUUUAAGUUCAAGUGAGUAUGAAGCUGAAUGCCAAAAACUCAUUGCUCAUUUCAAAACCCUAGCCUCUACAUUGAAAGAUACUGUCCCAAGUAUUGAGCGGUUUGCAGAUACAUAUAAAAUGGACUGCCCAGCUGCUUUGAAUCGCUUAGUUACUGUUGGGGUGCCUGCUACAGUGGAGCAUCGAGCUGCUGUAGCUGCAUCGACCGCCACCUCUGCUGCCAUUGUUGCAGAAUGUGUCCAGCAUUUUAUAACUGCUAUGGACACAUUAAAAUUGGAAUUUAAGGCAGUUGAUCAGGUGUAUCCAUUGUUAUCUGAUCUGUUGGGUUCGCUUAAUAAGUUGAGUAUUUUGCCGCCAGACUUUGAGGGGAAGACCAAGAUGAAGGAGUGGAUUUCUAGGUUGUCAAAGAUGGGGGCUGCAGAUGAGUUAACAGAUCAGCAGGCACGGCAGCUACACUUUGAUCUGGAUUCGUCAUACAAUUCAUUUAUGGCUGCUUUGCCUAAUGCCGGUACUUAACUGAAGAUGUGGUUAAAGCUUGUAAAGAUUUGUGGGAGUGGUUCUAUUAUUUGGGAUUUUUCAAUGUGUAAGUUGUUAUGUUGUUUUCUAGCAAUUUGGUAGAACCUCUGGUAUAACUUGGAAGGAUGAUUACUAAUUUUGUGACAUUUACACUUUUGGAAAUGACUGCCUUAUUCCGGCAAAAAAUGUUACUUUGUGCUGAUCAUGAAAAAGAUUGUUUUUCAUGACUUAUUAUGAAUAUGGGAUUAGAAUUGGGAUUC